UUGCCAAGAAGCCACAUAAAACAACAACAGCUACCAGCCAGACAACCACAAAGACAAACCCACCAUCCACGCCACACGCCACACGCCACACACAGACCGGAGAUGAGCAGCAACGGCAAGCAGCAGAGCAGCGGCAGCGGCAGUGCUCCCGGCACGGCCAAUGAGGGCGGUGUUGCGCACAACGAGGGGAACCCCGUGUUCAGCGCCUCUGGCACCAUGAAGACCUCCGACCUCUACGCCACACGCAACUUGCCCGAGCGCUUCGACAACCCAGGCGAGUUCAAAGGUUACGGAAAGGGCAAGGGCGGCGAGAACCCAAUGUACCAGACAUCCAGCAGCUCUUAUGGGCUGCUGCCACCCAACGUUCACACAACGCCGACCGCGUUCCACGGCCUGAACCAGAAGUUCUCCUCGCACCUCGGGCAAGCAGGCAUGUCACGGAACACGGGUCUGAACACUGCAAAGGACAAGAGCAAAGUGCACAAGGCCCUCGACCCCUAAACUAGCUUUCACGUCUACACACCCGCGCUCUCACCCUUCAAAACCCCCACACAUGUGGCGUGUCCACUUAUGCCCUCACUUGAGCCUGUGUCGUGUUCAUGCGGCCAGCCAAGACUUUCGUUUAAUGUUCUCGCUCGCUUGCUUGUCUGUCCACACAUUAAUCAAAGGUCACACCUCCAAACCCCACCAGCAGCAACACCAUCACGCCUCGUAACGACCAGCUUCAACCCCUCCGAGCCAAUACACUGUAUCCUCAUCUUCCCUCCCCUCUCCCCUUCAGAUGUCCACUCGCCGUGUCAUGGCAUGCUUGUUCGUAUGGGCCAGCGUGGCAUUGCAGUCGAAAGUUGCUCCAGCCACGCUUGCUCACAAUAAAAGCCAUACCUGUGCA